UGUUACAACACCAUAUCAAUUAUAUAUCUUGUAAAUUUAUGUUAUAACAUUUAAAAACCAGAGAUAAAUAAGCGUAUAUACGAGUAUAUUAGAAAUGAAAAGAGUGUCUGGCGAAGAGAGCAUACGAGAGAAACCGCCCAGGACUGCAACCCAGCGUCGUGCUGCCGCGCAGCAAUGUACCAACAAACUAAAUAAUCGACGUCAAAAGCUGUCAAAUAUGGCGAAGGGCAGCGAGAGAGAGAGAGCGGUAAUUGACAUGUGAAAAUGUGAAUAGGCCUGCUGCUGUGAGUUCGCACCGUCAUUUGCGCUUCUUGAGGGUGGGUGUAUAUUGAACACUCGCGGUGUCUUCGCGCGGAUCCGAGUAGGCGGACGACGAGAUCGCGAUGUCAGACCCGUUGUGCCGGUGUCCGAGUGCCGGAAGUGAAGGAAGUGUGUGUUGAGGUCGGCGAAGAGAGUGAGCGAGCAUAUCGGGUGCCUUCACCGCAGUCGGGGGUUGGCACGGUGAAGAGGGCAUGGUAAAGUGAUCGGUGGACAGCACCAUGGGCGCCCAACAAACCAAGGACAGGGUGAUCUCUACCGGAUCCACCGUGCGACAGACUCGCAAACAGACGAGGAACCUCAAAGACUCACGCGUUAUAGGCUCUAACAUAUUCACCGAGCACAGCGAGGCUCUGUUGCAAAGCAGACCCCUACCUCACAUUCCAGCAUUGCCAGAAGGUGAUCCUCCAAGUGGUUCUAGUGUUCAAUCAAUUUCACAGCAAACAAACGUUCAACACUCUAGUGUUUCUAGUGGACUUCUUGAAGCAGCAAAUAGAUGGACAAGCAAAGAAAAUCUGUUGUCACAAGAAGAGGAUGAUCCUCAAUUAUUUGUUGCCUUGUAUGAUUUUCAAGCUGGUGGAGAGAAUCAACUUAGUCUCAAAAAGGGUGAACAGGUACGUAUCUUAAGUUACAACAAAAGUGGAGAAUGGUGCGAGGCCCAUUCAAGUACUGGGCAAGUAGGGUGGGUACCAUCAAAUUACGUGACUCCUGUGAACUCUCUGGAAAAACAUUCUUGGUAUCACGGAAGAAUAUCACGAAAUGCUGCCGAAUAUCUAUUAAGUUCGGGAAUAAAUGGUAGCUUUCUUGUGCGAGAAUCAGAAAGCAGUCCGGGACAGCGCAGUAUUUCUUUGAGAUAUGAAGGUCGAGUGUAUCACUAUAGAAUCAACGAAGACAGCGAAGGCAAGAUGUUUGUGACAACGGAAAGCAAGUUCAACACGCUGGCUGAGCUAGUACAUCAUCAUUCAAUGCUCGCAGACGGCCUUAUCACGCAAUUGUUGUAUCCCGCGCCAAAACACAAUAAACCUACUGUUUUUCCACUGAGCCCGGAGCCGGAUGAAUGGGAAAUCAAUAGAACGGAUAUAGUAAUGAGGCAUAAACUAGGAGGCGGCCAAUAUGGCGACGUAUAUGAAGCAGUCUGGAAGAGAUACAAUAUGACUGUAGCGGUUAAAACAUUAAAAGAGGACACGAUGGCACUCAAAGAUUUUCUAGAAGAGGCGGCCAUUAUGAAAGAGAUGAAACACAGAAACUUGGUGCAAUUGCUGGGAGUUUGCACUCGCGAACCACCUUUCUACAUUAUCACAGAAUUCAUGAGCAAGGGUAAUCUCCUGGAUUAUUUACGAACCGAAAGCAAACAACAGAACAAUGCUGUUGUUUUGAUGCACAUGGCUACACAAAUUGCGAGUGGCAUGAGUUACUUAGAAAGCAGAAGUUUUAUUCAUCGUGACUUGGCGGCUAGAAAUUGUCUGGUCGGUGAAAAUCAUCUCGUCAAAGUUGCAGAUUUUGGUUUGGCUCGUCUCAUGAGAGAUGAUACGUACACAGCUCAUGCUGGCGCGAAAUUCCCCAUAAAAUGGACUGCACCCGAGGGUUUAGCAUACAAUACAUUUUCAACAAAGUCUGAUGUAUGGGCGUUUGGCAUUUUACUAUGGGAAAUCGCUACUUACGGUAUGUCUCCGUAUCCGGGUGUCGAUUUGACGGACGUUUAUCACAUGUUAGAAAAAGGUUAUCGAAUGGAUUGUCCACAAGGUUGCCCGCCAAAAGUUUAUGAACUAAUGCGUCAGUGCUGGCAAUGGUCAGCGGCAGAUCGACCUACUUUCAAAGAAAUACACCAUUCGUUAGAAAAUAUGUUUCAAGAAUCAAGCAUCACUGAAGAGGUAGAGAAACAACUUCAAGUUGGAGGAGAAGUUCCAUUACUGCCAUAUAAAAAAUCGCAAACUGGAAGUACAGGAAACAUUCAUGGUCUUGUAUCUGAGCAAUUAUCUUCUUCGAGUAUAACACAAGAAGGAGCCAGUUCGAUUACCAAGCUGAGUACCUUUAUGGGCGGGUUAUCAAACAGAAGUAAUAGCAAUAUGGUUCAGAUGCGAAGAUCUACCAAUAAAAAAGGGAAACAAGCACCUGCGCCUCCUAAACGAACAAGCCUACUGUCAUCCUGCAGUUCUUUUCGAGAUUCCGCUUAUCAAGAGCAAGAUCAACAAAAUGUCGAAGUGAGCACUAUGACGCUUGACGAUGGCGCAGAUCUAAAUGGUAUUGAUAAAAUUUUUGAAGGUAUCACACGUGAUCUCGUGACAAUGGCUACACAGUCAAUUACUACAGGAGGUUGCGAUAUGGACGACGACGGAGAUGGGUCACAAGGGACAGCAGAACAUAACUUUGUUCCUCAACCGUCAACCUCGCCGGAACCUGUAUCCAACUUACCAUGCAAUCAGAAACAAAUUAAAUCUCGACUUUACACGUCUAAGGAGGUACUGCCUCAGAAGCUAGUACACGUGGGUGCACUGGAAGUGCAAAAUGUUAAAAGAGCUAUCAACCGUUAUGGUACCUUGCCGAAGGGUGCCAGAAUUGGAGCAUAUUUGGAAUCUCUACGACAAAGUGGCAUGUCAUCGAACCAAGAGAAUGUUCCAGCUACUACGUCCUCUUUGUCGACUGCAAUCAUCGAACAGCAGCAAGACGUUGUUGUUGCGAGUGUUAUCGACGCGAUCCCGCAACAUCGUUCCCUUUCGCCACGUCAAAAUAAUCUGCGUGCUCAGCCGCAGAUGACACGAAGCAACUCUUCUAGCGGAGUGGUGAAUACUUAUCAACCACCAAAUUCGCCACGCAGCCGCGUUGCUAUACGAAAGACGAACGUGGAAGGAAUCGGUCUGCGAACUUUUCGCGUGCCAAACAGCUCGAGCUUUCGCACCGCUAGUCCAUCAAGGUCAAUCCAACCGACUUUGGCUGAUCUGGAGUUUCCACCGCCACCAGUAGAUUUGCCUCCGCCACCAGAUGAAACCUUCAGCGAUCAGUGCGAUCUACCACCGCCUACGGCUACAGCAUCGCCUUGUACCGAGACCUCGUCCUCUCAUGCAAAAAUCACGAAUUCACCAGUUAGCCUCAGAAAGAUGAAAGCUGAGUGGCGGAGCAAGGAAGAAACGAGCGAUCACGAUCAAGAUGAUAGAAACAACGAUGUGAGGAACGCGGAACCUUCAGUAAAGGAGGCCAGUUCGCGAUUUGGUGUGAGUUUACGACGCCGAGAAACUACUACUGCUUUUACUUCUACAUCUAGCGAUGCUUACUGUAGUAGCAUCAGUAAGUCUGUGGACGAAAAGAAGUUAGUUUACAAACCAAAGGAGACGACAAGCAGCAACGCGAUGAAAACAGAACUGACGGAUGCGCCGAUUGCGGCAUUUGAAGAAGCGCCACCGCCACCACCGCCGUUGCCCCCGCUUGUUGGUGGCAGCACUCCUGUAAGCAAUAUCAGUACCAUCGAUACUUUUGAAUCCAAACCCGGUAUGAAAGAGAUGUUGGAGCUCAAACUUAUCAACGAAAUUAAACAAAGCGCGGAUAUGAAGCACGGUGGUAGCGCAAAAAAAAUUAACAACACUACGAACAGCAACGCGAUUUCAUCAACAGUACCCCUCGAUCCGGCGUCGCAAUUAUUGUCCGAAUUGUGUGCAAGCUUUAGCAUGGAUUCCUCUAGCAAGCAACAGCAUACUGUUUCAAACGAAUACGCUAUCUCGACAUUGAAGAACACUGAUGCAUCUAGCGUUCAGGAACACGUUCAAUCGAAUACGCAAAGUGCGUUGUCUGAAAAGAGCAGCAGUUACAAGGAAAUUCCGAUGACUUCGCCAAUCACAGAGGGUCACGUGCUAAGCGCCACCAGCGUAGGUUUCAAAUUAAAGAAAGUGGAUAAGCGGAGCAAUGUGCAAAAAGAAGAUAACACUGACGGACAGAUAAUCGAUUUCAAGGCCCGGUUGCGGAAAGUGGACAAUGUAGACAAAGAAAAGACAGAAGAAAGGUGCAAGUCGUCGCGUUUUGAUGACAGCGCGGGGAGUAACAUCUCGGACUCUGUGGAUUCGUCGUCUGGUGUGGACGACGCGAAUGACGACAAACGCCGCAGCACCGGCAGUAUUAGCAGCCUAAAGAAAUUGUGGGAGAACAAAGAGGCUUCUUGUGAUAACCAACCACUUAGUCCUAAAUUAAACGUGAGAGGAACAAGCAGCAAACAGGAUGUUGGUGAUGCUGCAAGCGAGGACUCACCGGAGGAUCACAGUGGCGCCUCGACUAGAAGCUCGACUAGCAAGGGUGAUUCGCGGGUAUGGCCUCCUACAUCCUUGGUGACUUCCGAAAUAGAAAAGCCAAUCGUACCGGCUAAACCUCUGAAGCCACUGGGACCUUCCAGCAAGCAUUUCGGCUCUUCGAUAUAUGCCACACCAAACUGCAAUAAGUCUCUGUCACAGACUGAUGAUGACGGCAGCAGCAAGCAAACUAGCAGCGUUGGCGGCGACUCAAAAGGAACAAAGCAUAGUGUGAUUGAAAUCUCGAACGUCAUUGAGAAUAGUAUUUCGAACUUGAAAGGUAGUCCCACCAUCGUCAUGGCCAGCUGGUUGCAACUAUCUGAUAAGGUUGGCCUGUUGCACGGUAUGUGUGUUAAUUUGACAGAUACGGCGAUCGCGCCACAUGCGAGGUUUCAAUUCCGAGAUCUGCUCACGAGACUCGAACUGCAGGCGAGGCAGCUGCGAGCCGCUGGUACGCGCAACAUUACCGAAAAUACGAGACUCUUAUGUGACGUGCAAAACACAAUAAAAGACGUGAUAAACACGGUGCAGAGAUAAAGUUCUAAGCACGUAAACCGACGGAUUUUAAAAAUCAAAACGAAGCAUCUAUCCUUGCGAGAAUUUUCUCUCGCAUGUCCCUUCGUGAUAUUUUUCAUUAAAUCGCAAAACUCAUUGCUAUUUCAUUUCUUUUCCUGUGUCUCCCUCUCUAUUUUGUUGAAUCCGUAGGCGUAGAGAGAGAAGUAUAUAAAUCUAUAUAAAAAUCUAUGUGUAUGUAUACAUAUAUAUUUAUAUAUGUACAUAUAUAUAUAUAUGUGUAUAUGUACACAUACACACUUAUACAUAUAUACGCAUAUAUAUCUAAGUCAUUAGUAAGGUCUCAUCGAGGAAUGAAAUCUUUUGGAAAUUUAAACGAUUAAUCUUCGUGCGUGAGUAAGAGUGACACUAGUGUGAAUAAGUUCUUACUAUAAUAUGGUUCCGCAAAUGCAUGACUGGUUCUACGAGAUUAAUCCAAAGUUGCAUGAAUCGAACAAUUGCUGGUACGCUUCAAACAUAUAGAAGAACACAUGUAUACACCUUGGACAGAAUUCUGUAUACAACUCUAUAUGUGUAUCGUGUACAUUCAUAUACAUUUAUAUUUUGUUUGUUGUACUACUCACAUAUUUCUUCAGAAGAUCUUACCUUCUUUCUGUCGAGAUUGCAUAAAAAUUGCGUGCAAAUCACGGGCCUGACAGAAACACGGCCUUAAAACGAAGAAACAAAAAAUUGAUGAAAUUUCUUAUGUUGAAACGUACGACAAUUUUUUCAUAUUUAUGAUAUUAAAUGUGGUGAUUAUAAGUGUUAUCACGCGAAGUAUCAGGAGUAUGUGAUGAGAAUAAUUGGCAAUGAGUGGUAUAUAGCAGAAAAUGUUGAUGCAAGAAAUUGUCGCGAGUUAUAUUCUUGCAAUUGAUGCAAGAAUUGACUAACUAUAUCGUCGAAGUGCUUACCCCAUAAAAUCGUUUUGUUUUACACAUGUAAUUUUAUACAUACUUCGUGCUUAGUAUAUACAAACAUUGUACGCGAGAUUUUUUUAGAUUAUUAUACAUAUAUAUAUAUAUAUACAUAUAAAUACGAACACGUAAAGGGUAAAUUGUUUCAUGUAUACUGGGACAAUAUAAACGAUUUUGUAUUUGUAUAGAGUAAGUUGGA